AUGAGAUCGAGCGCGGAUGUGGAACCCUCGGCGGUGUUCUCCAAUACUACAACCUACGGCUCUACCUCCCUGAAGCUGCUUUACCAUCCCUUGUGCCCCUUUUCCCGCAAAGUCUAUAUGUACGCCAUUGAGCUCGGGCUUGAGGAGCUCGUAGACCUUAAACAAGUCGUCGUGGCACCGACCCACUACAAAGGUUGGAGUGAUAACGUGCCCGACGUUGCUGUCUUCAAUCCUCUAGCCAAGAUCCCCGUACUGGCCGUCGGCAGCGGAGAUGGAAUCUUCGACAGCAGUGUCAUAUGCGAGUUCUUGGGCAACAUAGCUGCUAAGAGACAGGAGGCCGAGACGGGAACCGCAUUGGACGUGGUCAAAGAUAUGACUUACUGGCGGCUGCGAGCGAUGGAGGCUUGUGCUGGCGGCAUGCUUGACGCUGAGAUUCUAGUUGUCUACGAGCAAAAAGUCAGGCAAGAGAAGGGUGUACUGUUCCAGGAGUGGGUCGAUGGGCAGAGAGCAAAGAUCACACGCGGCUUUGACAGACUCGAAGCGGAAGCGAAAAGAGGCACGUUGACCAUUCUCAAAUCUCCACAAAAGGCGGAGAUACCAGAAGUAGCCGUUGCUGCCGCUUUGGGCUUCUUCGAUAUCAGGAAGGUUGAGUGGCGGCAGGGCAGAACCUGUCUGGAGAAGUGGUUCAACGAGUUCAGCAAGAGGAAGAGCUUCACAACAACAAGGCCGAAUAUAGAUUGGAAGAAUGGGAAGACGGUCGAAGAGAGCUUUAAACUCUGA